AUGUCUCAACAGUGGGAUUCGCGCUUUGACAGAGUAGCGAGCUUAAGGGCCGCUAGACCAGGGGUUCAGACAGCAGAGCUCGAUAUAAUAGGCAUCCCUGUUGUCAGCGAACAACAAAGUCUUCCAAUUGAGUUGUCGAGAACCGAUGAGAGUCAUCUACUCAACACGGGCUGGCCCCAUGUCCAAUCACUCUGGCCCAUCCUUGGGGUGGGGGAAUUCCAGGCAUAUUACGAUUCCCUGUGGACGCCGAGACGCAAAGUCCGGCAGUCAUCAGCUCUUGUCGACAGCUUACUUGCCAUAUGCAUGCAGGUCACCAGUACUGCUGUCUCCAAUAAUGAAUCAGGUCGCAGCAAUGUCCGGAUAGCCGGGCAACAGCUGUAUAAUCGCACCCGGCAACUUCUUCUAGAAGAGGAACAGGCGGCCCCAACGCUGGCCACGGUGCAGACCUUCAUCUUCUCGAGCAUCUAUCUGCUGUACGCAGACCGCAUUGAGCCUGCAUACACCACGAUCGACGGCGCAGUGCGUUUGGCAUAUGGGCUAGACCUCCACCACGAUCCCCCCGAGGAAAUGGAUGCGAGGCAGCGGGAGGUCCGGCGCCGGGUGUGGUGGGCUUUGUAUACAUUGGAGAGCUACCUCACCACUAGUAUGGGAAUGUCAUCUCUCAUCGUACAGGGUGAGGUAUCCUGCGGCUGGCCGACGAUCUCCCCAAUGGGCGGCUCAAGCUCGCAUCACUUUCAGGUGCACUGGGCCAAAAUGCUCAUGUCAAUCCAGAUUGUACGCACAGUCUUCGACCAACAACAAAAAGAGAUUCUCCGGGAAACCUACGAGACCGACAUUCGCAACCUACCAGGCCUCCUGGAGUCUAUCGCAAUGUUCAUGGUGCGACCUCUUAAGGCUGUCCGGGAAGGGCUUAAAGCAGUCCCUUCUCCGUUACGGAUUCCUCGAAAGGACGGUAGUCGGGGGUUCUCAUUCCUCUUGAAAGGAGCAACUGUUAGUCUAGACGGUAAAGCGCCCUCAUGGCUUCAGCGGCAGCAGUAUGCCCUGGAAAUCAGCUACCAUAGUCUGAGUCUGGCGGUUUUACGACCUUUUCUCUGCCUGCAGGGCGGCGAUUCGGGCUCCAUGCCGCGAGCACAUGCGCACGCUGUUACUGGCGUGAAGCAUGCCGUCACCUUAACGGUGAUCUGCCACCAGUGUCUGACUGAAAGUGAAAGUCUCGCGAGGAGUCUCCCGAUGUUCCGCUGCCAGUGGGAUAGCUGCCUAUACCUCAUUACCUUCAUUUUGGCCAAUCCAAUGUGUACCUUCGCUGCAGAAGCCCGAAAUGCGCUGGAUACUGCUGAGGUCGCAUUUGCUAUUCUCGUGAACAGUCUAGGGUUGUCGUGCCGAGCCUCAGAGAUCAUGGAUGAUCUUCGCAGGCGCGCAGAAGAGAUGGUUCAUCCUCCUGCACGCAUGGUGUCACCAAGCCAGCACGCAUCGUGCAUUGACUCCGCGGCAGCGUCCUCUCCAGGGUCUCAUGUAUCUAGCGGCGUAAUAUCCGAUCAUGGCCAUCUGGGCACGUUUGAGGGGGCAUUAAUUCCGUCUACGGUUGACCCAUCAAUUGGCUCUGAUGUGGGUAGUCUCGGAUUUUUCACAGGAGCAGAGUCCGAGCUAUCAAUGGAAUCGGCGCUUGACUUGUCUAGCCUGGCACUGGAAGCACCGAGUUGGACCGACCACAGCAUGUUGGAUGUUAACAUGAGUUGGGUGGGGGACAAUGUACUAGUUGAACCGUGGCAAAGUAAUAUGGAUUAUGUGUUUAGAUAG